AGCUUGGGAACGGUUGCUAGGGGUGGGUAAAGGGUGAAAAAAGGGGGUUGCCGGGGAGCGGAUAAGAAGGGUUAAGGGAGGGGCGAGGAUGGGGAGCAAUGCAAAAGGUAAGGCCAGGUUACCGCGGCUCGCCCCGAGUGGGCUGCGGCCGGGGGAGGGGCGAGAGAUACAUAUGUAUUUCUGUCUCCUUAGCACACCCCCUUCCCUCUAAGCGAUGGCUGAGAGGCGGUGCAUGCAGAUGGGGAGUAAGUUUCCUGAAGGGGAGGGUGGUUGCACGCGCGCGGCCCCGCGCUGCAAAUUUCCACCGGGGAGGGAGAGUGGCUGGAUGCGGAGAGUUUGGAGUUGCUUGCGGCGGAGGGCAGGAAGGGGAGCAGGGCCGGGAAGGGGGCUGGCGGGCGCUAUAUCUGGGAGUAAGUUUCCAGGAUCAGGAGAGCCUGCACGCUUGCUCAUUACUCUGCUUGCCCCCCAUCUCACCCCCCAAGCGGAGACUGGUCUUCUUGUUGGAUUGCCCAUGCACUUGUUGCAGAAACAGCCAAGGCCCUGGCUCCGGAGGACGCUGAAGGAGGAAGACACCAAAGCAGGACAGCCCUGAAAGAUUGAGCCUCUUCAUCGGAAACAGAACCAGGUCUCCUCUUCCCACCUGCCCAGCAGCAUGAGAGCAGCAUGACCGGCCGGCCGCAGGAGAAGCCCCCAGAGCCAGGCCCCCAACUCAGCCAUCUGCUGCGGAGGUCAAGGUGUGAGCAGCAUCUCUUCACCACGGUGGUGUUUGGCCCGUACCUCAGCCCGGGUGGGGACGUCAAACCCCCGGCUCUGCACAUGAGUGGGAUAGGCCAACAGGAACACCUGGCUCCAGCCACGGUCACAGACAUGUCAGCCGUGGAGUAGCGUGGACCCUUCUUCUCACCUUCUCAGGGUUUCAGUCCUUUUGGGUUUGUUUCACUGACCUUUUUUUAUGGUUUUGUGGCUGGACAUUCAUGAGCGAGGCAGGCAGCAUGGGGGAUCAGCAGCUGUACAAGACCAACCACGUGGCCCACGGCGGUGAGAACCUUUUCUACCAACAGCCAGCACUCAGCGUGCAUGGUGGGCUGAACCACAACUAUGGGAAUACAGUCACAGGGGCUGGAAUGGAUGCCCCUCAGGCAUCACCCAUUUCCCCCCACUUCCCUCAAGAUACUCGGGAUGCUCUAGGCUUGCCAGUGGGCUCCAAAAACCUUGGCCAAGUGGAUACCUCGAGGCAGGGAGGGUGGGGUGGCCAUGGAGGGCCUGGAAACCACGUCCAACUCCGUGGCAACCUGACCAACUCAAACAUGAUGUGGGGGGCACCAGCCCAGGCUGAGCCCCCCGAUGGCUACCAAUACACCUACUCCCAGGCCAGCGAGAUCCGGACCCAGAAACUCACCAGCGGUGUCCUGCACAAGCUAGACUCUUUCACCCAGGUAUUUGCCAACCAAAACCUGCGGAUUCAGGUCAACAACAUGGCCCAGGUGCUGCACACCCAGUCAGCAGUGAUGGAUGGAGCCCCCGACAGUGCCCUUCGCCAGCUGCUGUCCCAGAAGCCCGUGGAGCCCCCAGCACAGUCUGUCCCUUCCCGCUACCAGCAGGUGCCCCAGCAGCCUCACCCCGGUUUCACUGGUGGGCUGUCCAAAUCAGCUCUUCAGGUCGGGCAGCACCCUAGCCAAGGGCACCUGUAUUACGACUACCAGCAGCCGCUGGCUCAGAUGCCAGUGCAGGGAGGACAGCCACUGCAGGGCCCACAGAUGCUGCCCCAGCACAUGCAGCAGAUGCAGCAGCACCAGUAUUACCCACAGCAGCAACAGCAGCAAGCUGGGCAGCAGCGUGUGUCCAUGCAAGAAAUGCAGCCGCAGCCGCAGAUUCGCCCGUCUCAGCUUCAGCUUCAGCAGCAACAGCAGCAGCAGCAGCGGCAGGGUUCAAUGCAGAUACCUCAGUAUUAUCAGUCCCCACCCAUGAUGCAGCACUUGCAAGAGCAGCAGCAACAACAAAUGCACCUGCAGCCCCCUUCGUAUCACCGGGACCCCCACCAGUACACCCCGGAGCAGGCGCACGCUGUGCAGCUGAUUCAGCUGGGCUCCAUGCCCCAGUACUACUACCAGGAGCCCCAGCAGCCCUACAGCCACCCCCUCUACCAGCAGAGCCACCUGUCCCAGCACCAGCAGCGUGAGGACAGUCAGCCCAAGACUUAUCCAAGCGACAGGGAGGCCCAGGCCAUGCUGAGUGCCCACGGGGACCUGGGGCCAUCUGAUACAGGAAUGGGUGACCCAGCAAGCUUGGACCUGAAUCGGGUCAGCAGUGCCCUCCCCCAUCGGCCGCUCUUGUCCCCCAGUGGGAUCCACCUCAACAACGUGGGGCCCCAGCACCAGCAGCUGUCUCCCAGUGCCAUGUGGCCCCAGAUGCACCUACCUGAUGGCAGAGCCCAGCCAGGGUCCCCUGAGUCAAGCGGCCAACCGAAAGGAGCAUUUGGGGAGCAGGUGGAUGCCAAGAACAAGCUGACGUGCUCCAUCUGCCUGAAGGAAUUCAAGAGCCUGCCUGCCCUGAAUGGCCACAUGAGGUCCCACGGGGGAAUGAGGGCCUCCCCCAGCCUCAAACAGGAGGAAGGAGAGAAGGCCCCGCCACCGCAGCCCCAGCCACUGCCGCCUCCACCGCCACCGCAGCUCCCUCCUGAGGCAGAAAGCCUCACGCCUAUGGUCAUGCCCGUGUCUGUCCCUGUCAAGCUUCUCGUGCCCAAGCCCAGCUCUCAGGGCUUCGCCAACAGCGUCGUUGCCGCCCCCUCCGCCAGAGACAAGCCCGCCAGCUCGAUGUCGGACGACGAGAUGCCCGUGCUCGUGAGGAUGACCCUCUCUCCCCCACAUUCACCCCCAGGGGCUGUCCCCUGCACGCCUGCUGAGACGCCCAGGAGGCUCCAGCCUGGCGCCAAAGCUGAGGAGCCCCUCAAGGCCGAGAAGAAGAAGUUCCGGCACCGGCCCGAGCCGCUCUUCAUCCCGCCGCCGCCCUCCUACCACCCCAGCCCCGCCUCCUACUCGGGCGCCACCCUGUACCAGAGCCAGCUGCGCUCCCCGCGCGUCCUGGGGGACCACCUGCUGCUGGACCCCGCCCACGAGCUGCCCCCCUACACGCCCCCGCCCAUGCUGAGCCCGGUGCGCCAGGGCUCGGGGCUCUUCAGCAAUGUCCUCAUCGCGGGCCACGGCCCCGGCGCCCACCCGCAGCUGCCCCUCACGCCCCUGACGCCCACGCCGCGCGUGCUGCUGUGUCGCUCCAACAGCAUCGAUGGCAGCAAUGUGACGGUCACCCCCGGGCCUGGAGAGCAGACUGUUGACGUGGAACCGCGCAUCAACAUUGGCUUCAGAUUCCAAGCAGAGAUCCCAGAACUCCAGGAUGUCUCUGCCGUGGCCCAGGACACACACAAGGCCACACUGGUCUGGAAGCCAUGGCCAGAGCUAGAAAACCAUGACCUCCAGCAAAGAGUGGAGAAUCUCCUGAAUCUGUGCUGUUCAAGUGCGUUGCCAGGCGGAGGGACCAAUUCUGAAUUUGCUUUGCACUGUCUCUUCGAGGCCAAAGGUGAUGUGAUGGCUGCUCUGGACAUGCUGCUGCUGCGGAAGCCAGUCAGGUUAAAAUGCCAUCCUUUAGCCAAUUACCACUAUGCCGGUUCGGACAGGUGGAGCUCCCUGGAAAGAAAACUGUUUAAUAAAGCACUAGCCACUUACAGCAAAGACUUUAUUUUUGUACAGAAGAUGGUGAAGUCGAAGACGGUGGCUCAGUGCGUGGAGUACUACUACACGUGGAAGAAGGUGAUGCGCUUGGGGCGCAAGCACCGCACACGCCUCACGGAGCUCGUGGACGACUGUGUGACGAGUGAAGAAGACGAAGAGUUGGAGGAGGAGGACGACGACCAGGAGGAAGAUAGGAAAUCCACGCGAGAAGAGGAGAGUGAAGUGCCCAAGUCCCCCGAGCUGCAGCCGGGCCCUGUCCUGGCUCCCGCAGAGGGGCCACCCCUGCAGGCCCUCGGCCAGCCCUCGGGCUCCUUCAUCUGUGAAAUGCCCAACUGUGGGGCUGUGUUCAGCUCCCGACAGGCACUGAACGGCCACGCCCGCAUCCACGGUGGCACCAACCAGGUGACCAAAGCUCGGGGCGCUGUCCCCUCUGGGAAGCAGAAGCCUAGCAAUGCCCAAAGCGGGUACUGCUCGGUGAAGAGCUCGCCCUCUCAUAGCACCACCAGCGGCGAGACAGACCCCACCACCAUCUUCCCCUGCAAGGAGUGUGGCAAAGUCUUUUUCAAGAUCAAGAGCCGAAAUGCACACAUGAAAACUCACAGGCAGCAGGAGGAACAGCAGAGGCAGAAGGCUCAGAAGGCGGCUUUUGCGGCAGAAAUGGCAGCCACGAUCGAGAGGACUACGGGGCCGGUGGGGGCGCCGCGGCUGCUGCCCCUGGACCAGCUGAGUCUGCUCAAACCCAUCAAGGACGUGGACAUCCUGGACGACGACGUGGUCCAGCAGCUGGAAGGCGUCAUGGAAGAGGCCGAGGCCGUGGACGCCGAUCUCCUCCUGGACGAUCAGGAUCCCGUUCUGCUUCAGGGCGACUCGGAACUGUGAAGGUCCGUCUGCCACCCAGCGACGGCGGAAACGCGGCCUCCUCCUCCAGUGAUCAGGAAGCCUGGA